UCUGAUGACCCUUUUCAGAUAUCUAAGCUUUUGCUGUCACUGCCAAAGGAACAGCAGAUGCACCUCUCUCGUGCUGUCAUGCAUAUAUACAAGUUCAUCUGCCUCACACUUUGCUUCUGUUCGUGUUUUGCAGCUAGGCGGCUCGAAUCUAUUCAGUUCUUCAGUAAGUGAGGUGGUGUCAAUGGGAGGCACCUUGGAGUACCUGGCCAGUCUGUUCACUGGUGGUGGUGGUGGUGAUCACCAUGGCCACAAGAACAGCAGGAGGAGGCAGCUGCAGACAGUGGAGCUGAAGGUUAGGAUGGACUGUGAAGGGUGUGAGCUCAAGGUCAAGAAUGCCCUCUCCUCCAUGAAAGGCGUUGAGUCGGUGAAGAUCAACAGGAAGCAGCAGAAGGUGACGGUGAGCGGCUACGUGGAGGCGGGCAAGGUGCUGAAGAAGGCGCAGUCCACGCGGAAGAAGUCCGAGCUGUGGCCGUACGUGCCGUACGGCGCCGCGAGCCACCCGUACCCGUACGUCGCCGCGGCCUAUGACAGGCGGGCCCCACCCGGCCACGUCAGGAACGUGGAGGCCUCUUCCGCCGCCUACGUGCAGUCCGGCGCCGGGGGCAGCAGGGCGGUGGAGCGGCUCACCAACCUGUUCAACGACGAGGACCCCAACGCCUGCGUCGUCAUGUGAUGGACGCUGCAGACCGGAGUAGCUCUCGAGUUGAAGCUUUCAAAUUUGAAUUUGAGAGAUUUGAAUUUGUACGGCUAGCUUUGGCUUGCCUGAAUGCAGUGACUGGAUGAGUUUGCCGGUGUUUGGUAGUUAAUUUCACUGGGUAAAUGAUGUAGUGUUUUUUUUUCUCUAAUCCAGUAAGUGGUGUAGGCAUGAUUAGUUCGUGGUAUUGUUUCAGCUAUCAUGUGUGUGAGAUGUACUAUUAUGAUAUUGUAGAUAUCUAGGUAUAUUUAAAUUGCCCAGCUAUAUUCUUCAUGCAUGAAAUGGAUUUGGAUAAACCCUUACCCGAGUUAUUCCCAAAUUCGUACCCUU